AUGGCCAUUAAUCGGCCACUAAUGGCGCAUAAAUCACGCAUUACUUGCUUUGGAUCGCGUGAAAGUCUUCAGUUUCACUUUAGCCGUCGGCUGCUCCGCCUAAUCUGCACAGCCAUGCGCUGGCCACGCUAUCUGUACAAGCCACUCAGCGUAUACCACAGCAACGCUUUACUUAUCCUGCUGCAAUUCAUAGCCGUUUGCAAUGGUUUUUGCUAUCAUCGCGGUCGAUUCAUUGCAAACCGUUGGACUAAAUUAUUUACAGUCAUUUUUCCUAUUUUUAUACUUGGCUCAAUUUGCCUCUGCCUACAACAGUUGCUCGACAACCCGGAGUACAGUGCGCUCAUCUACGAAAGAGAUCAAUUUAUUUUGGUCCUUUGCACACUGGAGCUGCUCAUGUCCACUGGCUGUUAUGUGAUCAUGAUAUGCUCCAUGCUGCGACAAGCAAACAGUCAUGUGGCACUCUACGAUCGCAUCAAUGCGUUGGACCAGAAGUUGAUGCGCGAGUUCGGUGCAAAUUUAAAUUAUCACAAACUGAUGCUGAAAAAUGGCAUUCAGGUGAGCCUAUUGGCUCUUGUCUACCUCGCAGCUAUUUCUUUGGCAAUGAAGCAAGCAUUACCAAAUGCGAACCAAUAUUUAGUCGGUAGUCUUGUUUUCUUAUAUGCAGCCAUCACCGGCGGACUCCACGUCACUUGCUAUAUGCAUUCGAAUUUCGCCGAAAUGUUACGUGUUCGCUUUCGUUUGCUACAAAAGUUACUCGAUGCGAAUUAUUUGCGGAAGAUGUUUCCGCAAUCGCCACGACGUACAGCUAGCCUUCAUAGCCUCGUGGAUAUGGUGCGUACGUUGCAUGAAUUUAUUGACUCCGUAAAUGAGGUGCAUCGCGUUGGUUUGUCGGUGGGUGUGGCGCACGAUUUUAUGACGGUAAUAACUGUAUUGUACCUGGUCUUCGGGCAUUCGUUGGGUGAGCGUGUGGAUUAUACGUUUUUGGCACAAGGCAUUUUGUGGCUAUUUUUGCCACUGCACAAAUUCAUCACCGCGCCCGUCUACUGUGACAUGGCUAUUAAAGAGGGUAAACGUUGCCUGCGUCUAGUCGAACACAUCGAUAUCCGGUUCCCGAAUGUCAAAUCAGCCAAACUGUUGGUUGAGACUACAAUGCAUUGGUGCCUGAGUAAUAAAUUUGAGUUUACUUGCGGUUUAAAUAUGAUUUACAAUCGCACAAUCAUUGCAACGAUAACGGCAGUUAUCUUUAAUUAUCUGCUCGUUGUCAUACAGUUCCGCAUGACUCAAUUAAUGGGAGAGCAAAUGGGCGAACAGAAAACCCAAAUGCAGGAUUGGAUUUGGAUUAUGAACGACUAA